CAAUGCACCAAAUAAAGAAUAAAGUCAUUUCAGUGUCAUCUCUAGAACGACUCUUCGGGAAGACUGGCAAGACUUAAAAUGACCAAAAAUACCAAUAUUCGAAUCAGUCUGCCAAUAGUCUGCUUUGUCUGGCAGAUUGCUAUGAUCAUCCUGUUUGGUGUGUUCAUCCGCUAUAACGAGGAGUCUGAUACCCAUUGGAUUGAACACAAAAGAAAGAACAACAUUUCCAGUAAUAUAGAGAAUGACUUUUACUAUAGAUAUGCAAGCUUUCAGGAUGUACAUGUGAUGAUCUUUGUGGGUUUUGGAUUUCUCAUGACCUUUCUGAAACGAUAUAGUUUCGGUGGAGUUGGCUUCAACUUCCUCAUCGCAGCCUUUGGGAUUCAGUGGGCUCUGUUGAUGCAAGGCUGGUUUCAUUAUCUUGACCAUGAAGACUGGAAGAUAAAAAUUGGGAUUGAGAACCUCAUCAAUGCUGACUUCUGUGUGGCCGGCUGUCUUAUUGCAUAUGGCGCUUGUCUGGGAAAGGUCAGUCCAGUGCAGCUAAUGGUUCUUACUCUGUUUGGUGUCACACUGUUUGCAGUUGAGGAGUAUAUCAUUCUUGAACUGCUUCAUGUGAAAGAUGCUGGUGGUUCAAUGGUCAUCCACACUUUUGGAGCAUAUUAUGGUUUGACUAUAUCUUGGAUCCUGUACCGACCACGUCUGUCUCAAUUCAAGAAUUUACAAGCAUCUGUAUACCACUCAGAUGUCUUUGCAAUGAUAGGCACUCUUUUCCUUUGGAUGUUCUGGCCCAGUUUCAAUUCUGCCAUCGCAGAUCAUGGAGACGGCCAGCAUAGAGCAGUUAUAAACACCUACCUUGCACUUGCCGCAUCAGUUCUCAGUACUUUUGCCAUCUCAAGUCUUUCAAAGAAAUAUGGAAAGCUUGAUAUGGUCCAUAUUCAGAAUGCUACCUUGGCUGGUGGUGUUGCAAUGGGAACAGCUGCAGAGUUUAUGAUUAUGCCAUAUGGCUCUCUGAUAGUAGGAUUCUGUACUGGCAUUAUUUCCACAUUUGGAUACAUUUUUCUGACUCCUUUCAUGGAAAGAACUUUGAAGAUACAGGACACUUGUGGAGUACAUAACCUGCAUGCAAUGCCUGGAGUUAUAGGAGGUGUUGUCGGAGCUAUUAGUGCAGCUGCAGCCAGUGAAACAGUUUAUGGAUCUGAGGGGUUGAUUAACACUUUCGACUUUAAGGAUGCCAACAGGACAGUCAACAAGCAGGGUGCUUACCAGGCAGCUGGUCUUUGUGUAGCAUUAGCAUUUGGCCUUGUAGGUGGAGCUUUAGUUGGGGGGAUUCUAAAGCUGCCAAUCUGGGGAGACCCGGCAGAUACCAACUGCUUUGAUGAUGAUGUUUACUGGGAGCUUCCUGAGGAUGAUGAUGAAAAUAUCCCUGUAUCUAUACACUCAAACACAAACCAUGUAAUAAACAUGCAGCCAGAAAUAUAUCGAAGCAAUCUAUAGAAAAGAGCUUUCCUGAAACACUCCAUGAAGAAGCUCAGCUCUGAAUGAUGACGUUAUGAAGGCUUUAUAGUUUGAUAAACUGCUCAGAGGAAUUUUUUGUCAUGUGCUGUGGGUUAUACAAUUUCAUAAUCAGGAAGCAUCUUUUCAAAACAGCUGACAAACCAGUGUUGCCAGUAUUGUUUCCACAAAGACAAAUCGAAACAAACCUUUUCAUAUUCUUUUUAAUUCUUUACAUUCCUACACAAGUUUUGAUAAGUCUAACUUAUCUGUGUUUGUCUGUGAAAUAUCUUUAUAAUAUUUAUAGUUAUGUAAUCUUUAUAUUCUUUAUAGUUAUCUGAUAACCAUAUGGUUUUUAAUUGCACUUUCUUUUCAUUGGUAGGAUUUAUAUAAAGAGGUUCCAUUAAAAUAAAAUAAAAUAAAUUAUCUGCCCUGAGUAGAAAGUGAGCAAGAUGUUGAUUUAAUGAAAAGUGAAAUACACAUUAUUUAACAGCAUGACAAAAAGCUCCCUAAUAAAG